AUUAAUUUCCGUUUUAAAAACUGUAUUUGGUAAUGAACUUUUUAAAAUAAACAUAACCUAAUUUUUCAUAAAAAAAAAUUUAUAAUUUAAUAAUUAUCGUAAUACAGGUAUUAAGCGUCUUUAUAACUAUAAGGAGCGUGUAUACACAUACAAAUUAGGGGACUGAAAGGUUCAAAUCAAUUACAGGUGUUAAGCGUCUUCGCUGGCACACUAUUCGCAAAAAUGUGAAUAUAGUGGCAACACAAUAUAUUUAAUUGUAAACUAAUAUUUUUAAGUAGAAUUAAAUAUUAUGAUUGUUCGCUACGAUUUUUAUUUAUUUUAUAUUUUAAUUUUAUGCAUUUGUCAUAUAUUUUUAAUAAUAUUUAAUUACAUUAAUGUCUAUAUGCUAUAUGUAUUUGUUCCACUAAAUGCACUGGGGACACUUUAACUUGUUUACAACGGAAUCGAGACAUUGACAAGUAAACAAAGUUUUUCUAUGACUAUUGUCAAAUGAAUAAAAAUAUAAACAAAUUUACAUAGCGCACAAACAACCAAACAGUAACAAACAAUAUUCCGUUAACACGGCGAAUAAGCAAUCAUAAAAUAAGAAGGAAAAAAAAACAAAGAUCCUUUGCAGUGGCGACAGAAUAUAAUUUUAGGAUGGCUUUGCUACAACUUCCACCAAAUAGUGAACACGCCAUUGUCCUGAAUACGCCAAAUCGCAACGAGAUACUCAAGGACGGACUGCCAACACACACAAAAUAUAAAAUCCUGGGCCGUGGCGCCUUUGGCACCGUCUUCAAAGCGAUUUAUCGAGGUCAACCGGUGGCAGUGAAGAUCGUCCGAAACGUGAGCAAAGCGAAUGCCCAGUCGAUGCGUAAUGAAAUGCACAUUUUGAGCUGGAAGCACCGCAAUAUUAUACGAAUUUUAAAAGUUGAAACUACGCCGAAUUUCGGCAUUGUCAUCAUGGAAAGGUUGGUCGGUCACAGUUUGCAAGAUGUACUUGAGGCCACAAUGCUGCCAUUAGAACAUAGAAUUUACAUAACACUGGACAUUCUGUCCGCCCUAUCUUUUUGCCACAAGCGGAAUCUACUACAUCUUGAUAUAAAACCACAGAACGUGUUGAUAUCUUUCGUUGGUGUACAACAAAAUUUACGUGAUGAAACACUAUCAAUUGCUUUCAGCCGUCGCCAAUAUGUUUGUAAACUUUGCGAUUUUGGUGCUUCCUUGAAGAUUGAUUCUCCAAUGGCGUCACCGAAGGGCAAUGCACGCGGCACCAUGCGUUACAUGUCACCCGAAGCAUUACGUGAGGAAACGCUCACACCAGCAACCGACAUCUAUUCGCUGGGCAUUACAAUGUGGCAAAUGCGACAGCGUCGUUUACCUUACGAAAGCAUUGCCUGCAAUGAAGUGGUCGCCUAUCAGGUGGUCAAAAAUAAGCUGCGUCCCGAUAGCGCAACUCCAACCAAUCCAACAAAUUGCACGAGUGUGGUGCAUGCGAACAUGCAUGCGAACAUGCAUCGGCAUCAUAAAUGUUAUUGUGCCAAUCUAACAGCGGAGGAGAUCACUUAUCACUCAUUAGUGCAUCUGACCAAUGUGCUCAAUCGCACCAAACAACCCGAAGAACAGUUGCGCUUCUCUGACUGUAGUGCGGAAGAGAUGCAUCAGCCGGCCGAUCGUCGGCCAUUCGCCUCAUUGAAUGCGAAAAUUAAUGUUAUGCGUAAUUUAAGUACCGAAUUGAAUUACAGUAAGUCCCCGAAUGCCCAGAAGUCGCCAACAAUUAAAAGACCAAUAAUAGUACAACGACAGCAACAACAACGCACGAAGGGCGAUGUUGCGGAUCUGUUAGUGCUGUUUGAGGAUACAUUGCGUCUGAAUGAUCGCAACAAGGAACAAAGUUAUCAAACGAUUUAUAAAGAUUGCUGGUGUGACGAGCCGAUGUUGCGUCCGAACGCUUUGCUAUUGCGCAAACGCUUGGUAGAAUUACUGUAGUACUAGUUUAUUAUUUUAUGUAUUAUAUAUGCGUAUGAGAUAUGCGUAGCUGGUACUUUUAUAACAAAUGUUAUUUAUUAUAGCUUAUAGUUUAAUAUGAUAUUAUGCACUAGUUUUAUUUUCAAUUUGUAAGUUUUUAAAAAGCUCACGAAUUAAAUAUGCGUACUUAAAUAAAUAAUUUCGAUGAAUCUUUCUUCGACAGAAAAA